AGUCUCUGACUCGGCUAAGAGAAGGGGAAUUAAGGAGGGGUUGUCUGGAAGAGCGCAUCUCCCCUCUGCCUCCCAUCGCGGAACCCUUUCGGGAGCGGGAUUUUUGAGGUGUCAGAAUGGCUUCCCAAGAAAGGACCAGACCUGUUGUAGCAAAAGGCACGGGAUUCUGGCAUGCUCCUAUUGUAACCAAAUACAGCCAAGAAACACAGGAAUUGUUAAAAGUGAUGAUGCAAGAAUCCAAACUAACAAACUUCCAACAACGUUAUCUCAGAAACUGUAUGAAACGAGGUGAUCCACUGCCACUCCACUGCAAUCCAACAUCCAGCAAAGAGCCACAGCUUCCAAAGCCCAUUUCUUCACCACCAAAGGUUGUCUUGUCAAUCAGUCCAUUUGCCAGACCUCACCUCCGCCCUGCUGAGGUCUGCCAGGCAGGUGAUGCAUAUACCAGAGAGAGAUUCAGGCCACAAGCCACCCGAGACCUGGAAAAAGAAAAAGAAAGACUACAGAAUAUUUUAGCGACAGGAAAGGAUAAAGUGGAAAGAAAGCACCAGAAGAAGCCAGUUAAGGUGGAAGAUGAGGCACCAGAACGUGACCGGUUUGAAGAAUUGGUGAAUGAAGUUGAAGAUCGGCAGAAGUUUCUAGCAGAAAUGGAGGCUCUGGGCCAGGGCAAGCAGUACCAAGGAAUCAUACUCACUGAAAUAUCACAGAAGCUACGGGAGAUGGAAAUCAUUGAUAAGCAGAGAAGCACAGAACUGAGAGAGGCAGUGGCUAAAGCCUUCAAUAUAGGCAACAAGCAUGAUCCGGAAAGCAGAGGUCAAGAUGAGUAGUCCUUCCCUGCUCCAGAAUAUGACCAUUGUUUCCUUUUGCCAUCACAAGGUGGGCCUCCGCAGAAGCCAGUAUCAAGAAUCUUGGUGGUGCCAGCUGAGGCCUUUGACAGAAAACAGUGACAAAAGACUUUGAGCUGCUAAAGUUUUUGCAUGGAAACAAGAGAUCAGGAUCAAACCACCCCUAGUUUUUAACAGCAACAAGCUGGUUGCUGGAUGGAAUUAUUCAAGGGCAUGCAGAUACUUUCCCUCUAAGCCAACCAGUAAGGGCUGAAAUAAAAUUAGUGAUGUUUGCUGCAUUAGAAAUAGUAACAGGGGAUUUGACCUUGAUUUACACGUGAUGCAAAUUGAAGCAAAAGAACUUGCCCGCGAGGCUUUGCAGUCAAGCAGCGUCUUGUUCAAACCAUUCUGGCCCCCUCUGCAAGGCAGACACACAAUAUAACUGUUUUUCAGAGGAGGUGCCCCAGUUUAAAUGAGAUGCUGCCUGAGCACAAAGUCCCAUGGGCAAUUUCUUUUGCCUCAGCCUGCAUCACAUUUAACUCAUGCCUCAGAGUGAUUCACUUAAUGGUAGCCUUAUUUCUAGUAACUGCCUCAGUAGAAUUGUAUGCACAUGCCCAAACUAGAAAAGACAGAGGCUGCCAUCAUUGUUUAUUCAUUUGUCUGCCCCCCCUUUACAUCUCAAGCAUAUUUGUGACUAAUUCUUACCAUGCAAGCAAGGGCCCUGGCUCACCUCACGCUUCAUAUCCCAAAACAUUUUUCUCUUCAGCCCAGAUCACUUCUGGUAUUGAAUUUGGGCUGGGAGAAAAAAGGGACAGUUUGUUAAAUCCCACAGAAAAUUUCUGCUAAUUGGGAAGGGAGAAAUUCCCCCCACUGCAUAUUUCAACUCCUCCCUAUUGUUUCUAGGAGUCCCCUGUUGCACAGGAAACGUUUAUGAGGGCUCCAAGAGGAAGAGGGAGGCAAAAAAGUUUCACAUUGCUGAUGGAAAUCCUGUCCAUCAGUGGAGAUUUACUGCAGGAUCCAAGCCAGAGAAUAGAACGAGCAAGUGGAAGAGAGAGAACAUUCAGCUUCUCUCGUCCAUGUGCCCCUUUGUGAUAAUUGAUCCCUGCAGUGCCUGCUUCUAGGUGUGAACAGGGCACUCAUAUGAAGAAUAAAUGUAGCUGCUCUAUUUUGGCUCUCAGCUGCUCUGCUCAGCGAAAACUAGUGUGCAGUACACAGCUGAAAUGUCAAUGUCCUCCAUUUUCCAU